CUCGCUCGAUCUAAACGCAAGAAAAACCGAGAGAAGAGAAAAAUUUGUGUGCGCGCUGAUGAAUCGCGUGAAGAUGGCGAUCCGACCGCCUUUCUCCGCCACCAUUUCUCCCCAUGCUGCAAUUUUCUUUCUUCUUGCGAACGUCCUUCUCGGGGCUCAAGCCAGCGUUCAUUACUAUGACUUUGUUCUGAGGGAAACAAACAUUACGAGGAACUGUACUAUCAUGUCCCUUUUAACAGUCAAUGGCAGUUUUCCGGGGCCCGUGAUUCGUGUUCAUAAAGGUGACCUCGUUUUCGUGAACGUCCAUAAUCAAGGAGAUUACGGCAUCACGCUUCACUGGCAUGGGGUGAAACAACCAAGAAAUCCAUGGUCAGAUGGACCUGAAUACAUUACUCAAUGUCCGAUCGAACCACAAACAAAUUUCACAUAUGAAGUGAAUUUCACUGAUGAGGAAGGAACUCUUUGGUGGCAUGCUCACAGUGAUUGGACAAGAGCCACAGUUCACGGUGCGAUAGUCAUCCUUCCGAGCGAAGGAUCGACCUUCCCUUUUCCUGAGCCAGAUGGAGAAGACAUCAUCGUGCUCGGUUCUUGGUACGAAGAAGAAAAACUCAACGAAGUAUUGAAUGAGGAUUUAGCGGCAGGCAGCGAUGUACCCCGAGCAACUGGCUAUAUGAUUAAUGGACAGUUUGGAGAUUUCGUUCCGUGCUCCAAAGAAACAACAUACCAUUUGUUCGUCGACUAUGGCAAGACCUACCUCCUUCGAAUAGUGAAUGCGGCGGUCAGCGCAGAGCACUUUUUCUCCAUUGCCAAGCACAACAUGACGGUUGUCGGCAUGGACGGAGCAUACACAAAGCCGGUGGUAACUUCGUACAUAACAAUCGGUCCUGGACAAACAAUGGAUGUCUUGCUAACAACCGAUCAGUCCCUCGGAAGAUAUUACAUGGCCGCUCGACGGUAUUCAAGCGAAGACACAUCAGUCACGGCCUUCUCCCACAUCAAUGUUACUGCCAUUCUCCAAUACAAGGGAAACUACAGUCUCACGUCACCUCCAAUUUUCCCAAGCGACACCCUUCCAGGCUUUUAUGACUAUUUUGCGGCAGCUAAUUUCCUAGCCCAGCUUAAAAGUUUAGCAAAUGAGGAGUAUCCCAUAAGUGUCCCUCUGAACAUUAGUACGAGGAUGUUCAUAACAGCUUCCAUGAACGAGCUGUUAUGCGCAAACGAUUCGUGCGCAUCGGGCGAUAGCAAAAUCGCCACGAGUUUGAGUAACAUAAGUUGGGUGAAUCCUUCAAUCGAUGUGCUGCUUGCCUACUACAGGAACAUCAGCGGUGUAUACACCUCAGACUUUCCGGAUUUGCCUCCGAUGUGGUACAACUUUACAGGGGAUGAUUUAUCGACCAGUCUUGCGGUGGCUGCUGAAGGGACAAAGGUGAAAGUUUUGAAUUUCAACGAAACCGUGGAGAUAAUAUUUCAAGGGACAAAUCUGCUGACAGGUUCAGAAACCCAUCCUAUGCAUUUGCACGGACAUAGUUUCUAUGUUGUUGGAUCCGGCUUCAAAAACUUCGACAACGAGAGCGAUCCUCAAGGGUACAACCUGAUUGACCCCCCUAAAGUCAAUACGUUUUCGGUGCCCAAAAAGGGAUGGAUUACGAUCAGAUUCACAGCAAAUAACCCAGGCGUAUGGUUUUGGCAUUGCCAUAUAGAUCGACAUAUGAGUUGGGGUAUGGACACUGCUUUCAUAGUACUAAAUGGUGGUACUGAGGAGACCAGUAUGCGACCGCCCCCUUCCUACAUGCCUCCUUGCACGGAUGCGUCGAAGAUUGCCCUGAAAGAAACCGCGAGUUUCUUUGGUGACGUAAACCAAACUUGACAGCAGAUUGCAGUAAAUUUUUUACGUGGUAAUGGAAAGUCAUCAAGUUAGUCGUUAAAAUGCAGUAAAUCAAUGCCAACACGAUUCCUUUUUGUAUCCAUGAGAGUCAUUGAGUAGAUCAGUCUGCGUAGUCAUUACAACAGUGAAAUUAUUAAAUGUGCUAAUAAGCUCGUGGUUAAGUGCAUUCAUUUGCAA